CUGCCUCCUCUGGAUCUCCCCCACACACGCAACCAUAACCCUUCAUACGAGCAUCAUAUCUAUUGCAUGCCGGUGCGGAUUAUGGGAUCACUCAAACGCAAGAGCAUCCGUUCUGCGAUCAGCUGUUAUCUGGGUUGCAUGAUGCCUCGGCAGCAAUCCCCGACCCGGCAGCAAUCCUCGACCCGGCAUCCUUUCACUACUUCCCUCCCCAACAUCCUCGCCCUGUUUGUUGAGUGACUGAUGCCGAUCUGCUCGGUGGGUCUGCUGCUUCUGGGGGACAGAGGUCCGCCCCGCCUCGGAUGGUUUCGUUGGGAGCUGGGCAGCGAGAGGGGAGUCCCGCGGGUUGCCUUGGCCCCUUCCAACAGCAACGGGACUGGGACAGCGACCAAGCCGAUCCGGCCUCCCUCUCCCUCCGGUCAUGAGUCUCUCCGCUGUGUCGAGUCAAGCAUAUAUAUCGCGGCACCUCCCGCCCAAGCGGGUUCUUGUCCUGGGGAUGCCGCAACCUCUAUUGCCGCUGCCGACCCUGCUUUUGGUCCGAUCCGGCCUCCUCGUCGUCUCCAGAGCGCUCCUUUGCCGAGCAAGAUCCUUCCGGCUCGCUGACAGAAAGCCCGUCGAAAGCGCAUCGUCUGGCCACACCCGGCGACAACAAUCCUCGGCAGCCCCUUCUGCAACAGGCAUCUCCAUCUCCAUCAUGGCCAAGCGCUCGUCAAGACCACCCAGUCUGCCGCUACCGGCCCUUCCUCCCGCUCCCACGGCCAUACCCAACACCCGCUCCAUGCCACCAGCUUCAGUCAUGCAGUAUGGCGGGCAGUCCGGCCGCCAGCUGCAAGCCUGGAUCAGCCAGCAAGUUCCCAUCGUCGCCCCAGACGGCAAAUCCAUCAUUGCGCCGCCUGUCCAUCUUGCUGCCCAACCCACCGUCGUCCCCAAACCGCCAGAAGGCAACUACCACGUCCUGGCUCCGCGCAAGUCGUCGCUUCCGCGCAACUACCGGGCAGAUGUACGUGGACAGCUCGGUCUCUCGAUUCCGGCCCGGGACGAUAGCCACUACCACGAUCUCAGGGCCCUCGAUGAAGCCGGGCCCCGCAGCUCCGGUACAAGGCGUCCAAGUCUCCCAGCCAUCCACAUGCCCUCAGUUGCUCCCAGGCGCUGCUCGUGGACCAGCAUUUCCUCGUCGCCCAACGACUACGAUGACAUUGUCCAGAACUACCUGGACGAUCCGGCGGAUCACAGCGUGCCACUUUCGGUGACAGCCGGCCUGGAUCCGAAUGCCAUCAUAGUCUCGGGCAACAACCAUAGGAGUCUGUGGCCGUCGUGUUCGGCCCGAUCACGGCCAACAUCGCCCGAAGCCGAAGCACCAGCACCCCGUUCGCACCAAACAAGCAUCUGGGGCACCAAGGCUUCAGGCGGCGAGCCACUGGCCACCCCGUUCAACACCAAGAUCGGCCUGCUUGCUCGCGAUCGCAAGGGAAGCGUCGAUUCCAACAUCGCUCGCAUCCGCAUUCCCGAGUACAGCCCGGCAGGUACGAGCACGCAGACGGCGGAGCUGGUGCCGUCGCCAACCAUCGCAUCACAUCGAUGCAAAAGCUCUCCGGCGGUCGGCAUCGGCUCGACCGUCAAUGAUGCAGUCACCCUCGUUGUCGGCAUUCAGCAGCUGCUGAAGCAAGUCAUUCAGAACGGCGAGAGUGCUGUGUAUGGCUGGGACCGAGACACAGAGGACAGCGGCCCCAGCCAUCCCGACCAGCACCCAGCUCGAUCUCAGCCUGGCUCAGGAACAUUCGAGAGCUUAGUGGGUGCCAGAAGCAGCGUCGGUAACUGGGCAUUCAGGUCAAGCUUUGGUGCCGCAAAAGCCGAGGGCCCCGAGGGUGACCGCAGCCAUCGGAUAGCGUCGGUCGGGUCAAAGCUCGAUGUCGCCAAGGGAGAGCUGGUAAUGGAGAAGGCCCGAAAGGGCCUCAAGACCUUCCGAAAUGCCAUCCGCAGUGGCUGGUUUUCGAAGCGGAAGGACAGCGACGACUCGAGCUCGGCCGAAUCGCCGAAAAUCCAGCCCGCCGCCAGCACCCGAUCGUCGACAGAGAACAUCUUCAAGCAAGGCACGGCCAACGUCGAAAUCGAGCUGGAGCAGUACAUGAGCACACGCAAGCCGAGCGAUGCGUCCUUGACGGGCGAGUCGAUGCCCGCAAUCAGACCAUCGGUCUCCCGGCAUGUGGAUUUGCCGCCUGAUCUGGCGGCUCUGGCUGUUCGGCAGCAGCGGGUCUACUACAAGUCAAUGCGUAUGCAUACGCAGCUCCAGUGUAGCCUCAAGCGCCUCAGCCGAACCCCCGAGGCGGCCUCGCUGCUUCGAAGCGCCGAGUCUGGGCCCAUCAUCAACAGCAUUCUGAGCGAUGACCUCAUGGAGCUCUAUAGGGACCUGGUCAACCACGACAUUGGCUUUGAUGAGAUGAUCGGCAAGUACUUUGGGCCGGAGCUGGUUCCCAUGUCAAAGUAACUCAAAGCCGAGAAGCAGCCACGGCCAGAGAGAGUUGAUCCAAGUCGCCUACAUUGGCCUAUACGGAUAGGGCUUUGCAUUAUAUCGCUUAUGGUCGGAUCGCCCCGUCAUGAGAUCGGUUGCGGUUGGGUUGUAAUAUUGGUGCCGUGCUUUGUCCCAAUCGAAUGGGCACACUUGCAUACAGCUUGUUCCAGAAAAAAACAAACAAACGGAAGUGUCCCUU